CUUGUCUCCAGUUUGAUAGUAUGAGUUCAAAACUAGAACUACGAUUAGCCAAUAGACAAGCUUGGCAAACUGGAAAAGAUGUCAUACAAGCAAAAAACUUGGAUAGCAACAUUAAGAAAAAUACCACAUUUAUUAAAAAGUGCAAAACAUCAUUAGCUGCCGAUUAUCGUCCACAACUACUCAAUGAUAUCAAAAAACUCUCUUUGGAAAAAUAUAUCUCAGAAAUAGUUGUUAGUGUGAUGGAGGGUAUGCUCAAAUGCAAGACAAGUGUUGACAUUGCUGCAGCUGUUGAGGUGAUAUCUGCUUUACAUCAACGAUUUCCAAAUACGUUUACCUUACUUCUCACGUCAAGUCUCGCCAAAGCUCUUCAACCUUUCAGCAAACAAUAUUUAGCCAGUCUUAGUCAAGAACAACGGGAAAAGGAAGAUGCCAGUAGGAUAGCAAGACAAAGAACCUAUUUAAGAAUAGCAACAGAACUCUGGUUAAUGGGUGUCUUACGUAACGUAGAAGAUGGUAUCUCUUCUCUUGGUACUUCUGGUUUGGAUGAUGUGGAUACGCAACGGGAUGGUGUGGCUGGUUUGAUGAGUUCUUCUUCUACCUCACUUGAUAAGAAGAAAUUGAAGAAGGAUGAAAAGGAAAGCAAUAAUCCUACUGGUUUUGUUUAUCGUGUGUUGAGAGAAUUGUUUGCUUCAGAUUUGGAACAACACGUGAACUUACCUUUAGCUGCGUCUUUUUUGAAAAACUUUGGACCGGAAAUCUUGGGGAUUAUUCCUAGAAAACAACGUGCUGCAGCCGAACAACAACAUCAACAACAACAAGAACAAGAAGAUGGAGCAGUGGUCAGUGGAAUGGAAUCGGAUGAUAUUGCAACGGUUACUCCUGAACAACGACAAGCCAUCAAGGAAUUAUUGAUCUCUUACUAUCGUACUGUGGUCAAACAUUUGAAAAAAGAACAUAGUUAUAUCAAGAAAAUGGACCGUCGAAAUAAUGAAACUCUUUUUGCUCGUGGUGAUCUUUCUGAAGAAACAAAACAACGACAUGAAAAAGCUACCAAAUUGUAUGAAAAAUUAUUGGCAAAUACUGAAACAUUGGCCGAUGGUCUUGACGAAGAAAUGCCUGAUCUACCAGAAGAUGAAGGUGUUACUAAAGUAUCUAUAGUCAGUACUACAUCAGGAAGCUCUUUUGCUGAUGGAAAAGAAACUGGCCUUGGCAAUAGUGUCUGGGAAGAUGAUGAUGCUCGCAAGUUUUAUGAAGAUUUGCCCGAUCUACGUGUACUUGUACCGGGAGUAUUCUUGGAUUCUCAAACAUCAACAAAGAAGGAAUCUGAAGAAGGAGUGACAUCAGAAACGGAAGGAAAUGACACAACUAUUGGACAGGAUGGUUUAGUUGAAUCAGAAACAACCACUACACCUUCUGCCAUUGGAGAGGAUGAUAAUGAUUUAGACGAUGAUACGGAACUAGAAGCAACAGAUCUUGUGGAUGAAACUUUGGACGAAAAGGAUGAUGGUACAGAGACUGUGAAACCUACUCAACUUGCCCAAUUAGAUGCUUUACUUGGACGUUUGACAACACUUGGAAAUCGAGAUAUGAUUGAUAGUGCAGCUAUUGAGUUCUGUUAUUUGAAUUCCAAAGGGGCUCGUAAACGAUUGAUCAAGGCUCUUUUGAAUAUUCCUCGACAACGUGUGGAUCUUCUUCCUUAUUAUGCAAGGCUGAUUGCCAUUUUAAAUCAAUAUUAUACUGAUAUUGGUGAUGCCAUUCUGGUUGCGCUAAAUCAUGAAUUCCGUGGUCUACAAAAGAAAAAAACACAAGAUCUAGUGGAAUCAAGGAUCAAGAAUAUUCGUUUCUUGUCUGAAUUGACCAAGUUCAAGGUAGCACCUUAUCAUACCAUCUUCCAUGCCUUCAAAGUAGCACUAGAUGAUUUUACAAAUCAAAACAUUGAUAUUGUAUGCAAUUUAUUGGAAACCUGUGGUCGAUAUCUUUUACGUACUCCUGAAACAAGUGCUCGUAUGAGUACUAUGUUGGAAAUUGUAAUGCGAAAAAAGAAUGUACAACAUUUGGAUAAUCGACAAGCAUUAAUGGUUGAAAAUGCAUAUUAUCAAGCCAAUCCACCUGAUCGAACAGCUAUUGUUGAAAAGGAAAGAUCACCUAUUGAACUUUUUGUACGUCGAUUGAUCUAUAGUGAUCUGAACAAGAAAUCUCUGGACAAGACACUGAAAUUGCUACGCAAACUUGAUUGGGAAGAUCCGGCCAUUCAACAUUUAUUGAACAAAGUGUUUCAAAAGGUGUGGAAAAUCAAAUACAGUAACAUUCAUUUGAUGGCCAUCCUUGCCAGUGGCUUGAAUCGACAUCAUUCUUUCUUUGGCAUGCAAGUGGUAGAUGCUGUUGUAGAAGAAAUCCGGGUGGGAUUAGAACACAAUAUUUUCAAGCACAAUCAACGAAGAAUUGCAACAGUGAAAUAUUUAGGUGAACUCUAUAAUUAUCGAAUGAUUGAUUCUCCAUUAGUAUUCGACACAUUAUAUAGUAUUGUUACUCUUGGUCAUGAAUUUGGAAGACCUUCUCGUGAGCGAUUCUGUCCAAUGGAUGCACCCAAUGACUUUUUCCGAAUUCGACUUUGUUGUACUUUAUUGGAUACAUGUGGCAUGUGCUUUGAUAGGGGCAGCUCCAAGAAAAAGUUGGAUCAUUUCUUGACAUUCUUCCAAAUGUAUAUUCUUAGCAAAGCCAAACCGCCUAUGGAUGUGGAUUUUAUGAUUAGUGAUACCUUUGAAAUGCUUCGACCCAAAAUGCAUAUCUUUUCAAGCUAUGAAGAAGCAAAUGCUGAAGUAGAUCUUAUGCUAUUAGAUCAAUUAAAAACUGUACAAGGCAAUGAAGAUAAGAUACAAGAAGAUGGUUUUGAAGAAAGUGAAGGCUCUGACAGUUCCAGUGAUGAAGACAAUGAUGAUGAGCUUGUGGACGUAUUGGACAAAGAAGAUGAAGAUAAUGAAAGUGUUGAUGAAGAGAUCGAGGUGAAUCGUGAUGACGAAGAAGAUGAAGUGGUUGUAUUGAAACGACAAGAACAACAACAAAAGGAAGAAGACGAUGAAUUUGAAAAGGAAUUUAGCAAAAUGGUUAGCGACAGUAUCGAAUCACGCAAAUUUGAAAAGAAGGCAACCAUGCUUGAUGUUCCUAUUCCAAUGAAUCUUCGUGGUACUCAAGAUCGUCGUAGUUUGGCAGAGAAAAGAGAACAACCUAAUGGUAGUAUGGCAUUUACUCUUUUGACUAAGAAAGGCAAUCGACAACAAACCAAAAUCAUGCAAGUACCUGCUGAUUCUGCAUUGGCAGUGACCACUCGAUCCAAACAAGAAGCUGAACGUGAAGAACAUCAGCAAUUGAAACGAUUGGUACUUAGUUAUGAAGAACGAGAAAUCACGGCUGCUCGUCAAGAGGCCCUGGAUGAAAAACAAAGACAACGUCAAUUGAAGGGAAAAAGAAUAUUACAUAUGGGUGGUGGAGCUGGACAACAAUAUACAAGUUCAAGGGGAUCCAAUUCAACUGGUGGAGCUAAUCAAGACUGGCGACAAGCUUUUGAAUAAUGAAGAAUUACUGAAUGGCUUAGUUUCAUCAAAGUAAUCAAGGGCCAAUCUUUUUGCUUGGAGACGCUUCUUUUACUAGGUCAAGAAAUAAAAAAAGGUGGCGAGUUUUUUUUUUUUUUUUUGAAAC